AUGACUGCAUGUCGACUAGAUGGAUUGCCGGUGGAACUUAUACAUAAUUUAUUCGGCUAUUUUGCUGCGCAUGAGAUCUUUUCCAUCUUUUCAAAUGUGAGUUUGUAUUUGAAUGGAAUCAUCAAUGGUUAUACGUCUUAUCACGUCAACUUUCAAUCGAUUAACCGAACAGAUUUUGAUCUUGCUUGUCAACACAUCGUUCCGAGUCAAGUCGUUAGUAUGACAUUGUCUAAUGAUGAGCACACUCCUGGUUUAAUGAAAAUUUUCGUAUCUCGUUUUCAAUUGAGUCAGUUUACACGUUUAAAGUCAUUGAAAUUGAUUGAAAUUGGAGCCGAGUUUUGGGAGUGUAUCAUGACAAAGUUAGUCGAACUUAAAGAUUUACGUACGCUUUUAUACAUCAAUCCAAAUCGGCUCGAUGAAUGGGUCUCGAAAGUAUGUUCUAAAACAAUCACGAAACUUGAUGAAAGUUUAGCCAAAAUCUAUGCACCGAUAUUACCUCAACUGAUCCGAUUGAGAUUAAGCCAUGGAAACUAUCUGAAAUUGGUUCAACUUUCAAAUCUCCGUCAUCUUGUACUCAAUCAAUCAGACGGUGCUUUACUCAGGCAUAUUUCUUUCGCAGCACCGCAGCUACGGUCUUUAGAUUUGUCAGUUUUUUAUGAAGAGUCCUAUCCAGAAAUAAUCUAUCCUCUACCACAGGUCACACGAAUCGUUUUGGACGUCCAAGGUAAUUUUCUAUCAAUCAAUAACAUUGAACGAAUGAUGACUAAUCUUCCUCGAUUGAAACAUAUGAAACUCACUGGUAACUGUGAAAAAAACGUUGUUGAUGGCUAUCGGCUAGAAUUAAAAGCAAAACAUCUUGUGAGCUUUGAGUUCAGUUUUUGUAUCUAUGACAUAUUAGUAUCAUCUGAUCUCGAUUCAUUUCGAACAUCAUUUUGGCUACAGGAAAAACAAUGGUUUGUCUGUUAUUACUCGAAAUAUUUCUUUACUAUGUCUUAUUUAUCCAAAAUAACUGACGGACAUUUUGUUCUGCCUACUUAUUCGACCGUUUUAGAUGAUACAUACUUCUAUACCCGCACUGUAGAAUAUAAAUCUUACUUUAAUAAUGAACUUUUAGAACGUCGUUUACAUAAUAUAAAGAAAUUAACUCUUUCUACCACUUGCAACUUAUCUACUGUUGAAAACAAUAUAGAUUUGAAUACCAUUCAAAUACUCUCUAUAGAGUUGCUUGAUGAACAUUUUUCGUUAGCGCAAUUGAUAAGCAAGAUGCCAAGUGUGCAUCAUCUAUGCAUUUCGAUCGGCCCUAAAUACUUGCUGAAACACAUCGAUUGGCAGAUCAUGGAAAAUAUACGAAUACUGGAAAUCAGCUGCUCUGCUAUAGCACUAACUGACGAUACAAUUGCAGAACUAUCCACGAUAUUCCCUAAUACUGAACGUUUACAUAUCCGAUGUGUAUGUUCAAUAGAAAUGAUGCUUAUGUUUCUGGAUCGAUUCGAACAUCUACUAACAGCAUCAUUCCAAUAUACAAAUUUUUGGCUUAACUUUAGUGAGGUAUCAGAAACUGCUCAUAGUCAAUUGCAGCUCAUGCAAGAUCUGGAACAAUGUUCAUCAAAUUAUCCAUACACUUACCGCAUCACUAGCACAGCAGUUCAUUUUUGGCUCUGA